CUGGGUUACAGUAGAAGGAAAGAUGAAGUUCUUACUUCUCUUUGUAUUAGCUGGUCUCAGCUCUGCCCAGUACAAUCCUAACUUGAAAUCUGGCAGGACUUCUAUUGUCCACCUGUUUGAAUGGCGCUGGGCAGACAUUGCAGCAGAAUGUGAACGUUAUUUGGGACCCAAUGGCUUCGGUGGUGUACAGGUGUCACCUCCAAAUGAAAACAUCGUUAUAUCCAACCCUUACAGACCAUGGUAUGAGAGAUACCAGCCAGUCAGCUACAAACUGUGCACUCGAUCUGGCAAUGAGCAACAAUUUAGGGACAUGGUUACCAGAUGUAAUAAUGUUGGGGUCAAUAUCUAUGUUGAUGCUAUCAUUAACCACAUGUGUGGAGCUGGAGGUGGAUCUGGAACACACUCUACAUGUGGUAGUUCAUUCAAUGCUGGUUCAAAAGAUUUCCCAGCUGUCCCAUACUCAAAUCUGGAUUUUAAUGACAGCAAAUGCAGAACAGGAAGUGGGGAGAUUGAGAACUACAGUGAUGCUAAUCAGGUUAGAAACUGUCGCCUCGUGGGCCUUCUGGAUCUGGCUCUAGAGAAGGAUUAUGUGCGUGGAAAGAUCAUUGCAUAUCUAAACAAUCUCAUCAGUAUUGGAGUAGCUGGCUUCAGGCUCGACGCUGCUAAGCAUAUGUGGCCUGGAGACAUCUAUGCCAUUACAAGCAAACUCAACAACCUGAACACUCAGUGGUUUGCCAGUGGAUCCAGACCUUUCAUCUUCCAGGAGGUGAUUGAUUUGGGUGGAGAAGCUAUUUCAGUAAAUGAGUAUUUUGGAAAUGGACGUGUAACAGAAUUCAAAUAUGGUGCUAAGCUUGGAAAUGUUAUUCGCAAAUGGAAUGGAGAGAAGCUGGCAUACGUAAAGAAUUGGGGAGAAGGCUGGGGUUUCAUGUCAAACGAUAGAUCUUUAGUCUUUGUAGACAAUCAUGAUAAUCAAAGAGGCCAUGGUGCUGGUGGAUCCUCCAUUCUCACGUUCUUUGAUGCUCGUCUCUACAAAAUGGGAGUUGGCUUCAUGUUGGCUCAUCCCUAUGGGUUAACACGUGUUAUGUCAAGUUACCGGUGGACAAGGAACUUUGUAAAUGGAAAGGACGUCAAUGACUGGAUCGGACCACCACGUAACUCUGAUGGAUCAACCAAGGCUGUCACAAUUAAUGCAGACUCUACUUGUGGCAACGACUGGGUUUGUGAACAUAGAUGGCGCCAGAUUAAGAACAUGGUUAUCUUCCGUAACGUUGUCAAUGGUCAGGCCUUGGCUAACUGGUGGGAUAAUGGUGGAAACCAGAUUGCCUUUAGUCGUGGAAACAAAGGCUUUAUCAUUUUCAACAAUGAGUCCUCAAACAUGGAUGUCACCCGGAGCACUGGUCUUCCAGCUGGUACGUAUUGUGAUGUCAUCUCAGGGCAGAAAGAAGGCACACGUUGUACUGGCACACAGAUCACUGUAAGCAGCACUGGCUCAGCACGUUUUGUGAUUAGCAGUUCAGCUGAAGACCCCUUCAUCGCCAUCCAUGUGAAUGCAAAGUUAUAAUUGCUGCAGAAAAAAAAAAAUAGCAUAACCUCAAUAAAUGAUUAAAUCUCUCAAA